GCAGUCAAAGACUCUAUAUAAUAAGCUUGAGUCCCAAGACUCUCCUUCACAAUUAUUUUCCUUUUCUCAGAUAAUUUCUCUCUCUUCUCGCUUGAACCAAAAAAAAAAAAACGAUGUCAGAGAUGAAAAACAAACAGUGUCGUGAAAUCUGGAGUUGGAAUCGAAACGAAGAGAUGAGUUUGAUCGAAGAUUGUCUACGAAACUACCGUUUCAUUGCAAUCGACACAGAGUUUCCAGGUUCUUUAAGACAAACUUCACAAGACGCAACAGACGACGAACGUUACAACGACAUGAGCUUUAGUGUCGACAGAACAAAACUGAUCCAGUUAGGUCUUACUCUGUUCGACAUCAAUGGAAGAAUUGGAGGAACUUGGGAAAUCAAUUUCUCAGAUUUCGGAGUUGACGAUGCUAGAAACGAGAAAUCCAUCGAGUUCCUUAGGCGCAACGGUCUUGAUCUGAGGAAGAUUAGAGAAGAAGGUAUCGGAAUCAAGGGUUUUUUCUCGGAGCUGUUUUGGAUUUUGAAGAAGACGAGGAAUAUCACUUGGGUCACGUUUCAUGGAUAUUACGAUAUCGCUUAUUUACUCAAGUGUUUCACCGGAGAAGAUUUACCCUUUACUUCUGAGAGGUUUUCGAAAGCGGUGGCGAGAAUUCUCGGUUCUGUUUACGAUUUGAAAGUCAUGGCUGGUCGAUGCCUAGGACUAAGUAGCAGACUUGGUUUGGAGAGUCUAGCUCAUGAGUUGGGACUUAACCGUGUUGGUACUGCACACCACGCGGGUUCGGAUAGCGAAUUAACGGCUAGGGUUUUCGCUAAGAUGGCUAAGAUCUGCAACAAUGUGCAAGAAUCUGAAGGGGUUGUGUUUGGGCUUGGCUAUAGAGUUAUAUCAGAUCGUUUGAAGCAAAAGCUGCAUAUGAUUCAUCAUUUGAUGAUGAAAAGUUCCUACGGGCUACCACCGCCGCCUCCACCACCGUUUCCGCUGCUAAGACCGAUGUUUGGUCCUUAUUUUCCGCCUUCUGGUGGCUUCGUCUUGAUGCCGAGAGUAUCUAUGUCUUAAAUCUGUAUGAAAACACUUCUUAGUGUUUAUGCUUUAUCUUCUUGUUAGUAUUAUGAAUGUAUUUUGAUCUGGUAGAAAAGAGUAUUCAAUGUAUUAGUGCCGAUUUUAAUGGAAACUUUAGUUUUUUUA